CAGUAAAUACAUGCAGUUUGAGAACUUGAGCAGUGCGCAUUUCACCAGAGAUGUGGGCAGCUCUCCUGUGCCUUUUGGCUUUAGCCGGCGUCGGACGGCCAGCCGAAAACGCCUCUGAGAAAGCGGUCGAAGAAAAACCAAAAAUAGCCAGAGGAAAGCUGCUGGCGCCCAGUGUGGUGGGAUGAUCCAUCAAGAAGAUGCCGGAGCUCAGGGAGUUUCUGAUGGAGCGCUGGGCUCUGUAUCAUAACCUGGAAUACGACUCCGGGGAGGACAGGAACCCCCGACUCAUUUUCUACGACGAGAAAGAUGAAGUUGUAAAGACCGUCCCGGUGAAGAAGAUGAAAGCGGACGAGAUCAGCGCCCUGCUCGACUCUCUGGGCUUCUACCGGAGGACUCAGAAGGGCGAGGACAUCCCGGAGGAGUUCCAGAACUUUCCGCUGCGCGCACCACGGGACGAGCUGUGAUCGCACGCGCGCCUCCGCGCGCCUCCAUUGCCGCUGCACGGUCGAAAAUGACGUCGGGGACCCCAAGACCCGACCGCGUCCGGUCCUCGACUGAAAAUAAGGGCUCCCUGCAGACUGCGCAAAAGAUGGCCGCCGCGUACAUUUUAAUAAUAAAAAAUAUAAAUAAUUGUAAAAA